GUAUAUAAAAACGUCAUUUCCGCCCUUCUGUCCUUUCCGCGCUACCCAGAGUAGGGUCCAUACGGCGUUGUCCUGGGUUCCCAUCGUAACUUAAAGGGGAAACUUUCACAAUGUCCGGAGCCCUUGAUGUCCUGCAGAUGAAGGAGGAGGAUGUCCUCAAAUUUCUUGCAGCAGGAACCCACUUAGGUGGCACCAACCUUGACUUCCAAAUGGAACAGUACAUCUAUAAAAGGAAAAGUGAUGGUAUCUACAUCAUCAACCUGAAGAGGACCUGGGAGAAACUUCUGUUGGCAGCUCGGGCCAUCGUUGCCAUUGAAAACCCGGCUGAUGUCAGUGUCAUAUCCUCCAGGAAUACUGGCCAGCGGGCUGUGCUGAAGUUCGCUGCUGCCACUGGAGCUACUCCUAUUGCUGGGCGCUUCACUCCUGGAACCUUCACUAACCAGAUCCAGGCAGCUUUCCGGGAGCCACGUCUUCUGGUCGUUACUGAUCCCAGGGCUGACCACCAGCCUCUCACAGAGGCAUCUUAUGUUAACUUGCCCACCAUUGCUCUGUGUAACACAGAUUCUCCUCUGCGCUAUGUGGACAUUGCCAUCCCAUGCAACAACAAGGGCGCUCACUCGGUGGGUUUGAUGUGGUGGAUGCUGGCCCGGGAAGUCCUGCGCAUGCGUGGUACCAUCUCCCGGGAGCACCCAUGGGAGGUCAUGCCUGACCUCUAUUUCUACAGAGAUCCAGAAGAGAUUGAAAAGGAAGAGCAGGCUGCUGCUGAAAAGGCUGUGACCAAGGAAGAAUUUCAGGGGGAAUGGACCGCUCCUGCUCCUGAAUUUACUGCCGCUCAGCCUGAGGUUGCCGACUGGUCUGAGGGCGUGCAGGUGCCCUCUGUGCCCAUUCAGCAGUUCCCUACUGAAGACUGGAGUGCUCAACCUGCAACUGAAGACUGGUCUGCAGCCCCCACUGCUCAGGCCACUGAGUGGGUAGGAACAACCACUGAGUGGUCUUAAACUGUCUUCCACAAUGUCUUAGAAAACGGAAAUAAGGUUGACGGGAAAUAAACAUCAGUUUCUAAA